AUGGCGCACAGAGAUUUGGUGCCUGCUACUAGAACCAACCCACUGAUGAGUGACAAGUCGAAUCCUAAACCUCCAACAACAGCCCUUGGAACUCAGAGUUAUUUGACUGAUCAUGAUAGCGCGAAACUGAAUCUGAGUCAUGAUGAAUUGGAUCACAGUCCUGCAUUACAUCACGGUGCUCCAUUUCACAGUACCGGAGGCAGAGGUCGUUUGAUGAAGGGUGAUCGGCAUGUUGCGACUGAUGAUAUUGGAUUGAACAAGCAAAUUCUGGGAACGCAUGCUCCAGAUCAUGAAGAUCUUGAUGUGAAGCCUGUUCUUUCCAUCAUUGAGGACAUCCUGCGACGUGGCAAACCUCUUGACAUCGUUCAUGGAGCCCAAGUUCCAGAAUAUUCAGAGUCAUAUGAGGAUAAGUCCUUUCAAAGUGCUUACUAUGAUGCGGAGAUAGUUAAACUGUUGUCAUAUCCCCUAAACAAAAUUUCCUGUGAGAUAAUUUGCAAAUGUGCUGCUGGAGGAGAAGCACAUUCAAUAGCCAUUGGACUCCUUGAGACAAUGUCUAACCACGGGUGGGAUGCCAAGGUGGUCAUUACCUUUGCUGCUUUUUCAGUCAGCUAUGGUGAAUUUUGGCUGGUUGAUCAACUUCGCGUGAAGAAUCAACUUGCCAAGGAUAUUGCAGCUCUAAAGGAUCUACCUGAUACAAUGGAGCACAAUGAAGAAAUGAAAAAGAAGUUUGAAGCUGUUGCCAAUCUUUUACAGACUGUACUGGCUGUGACUCACAUCAUUAUAGAGUUCAAGGAGCUUCCCACUCAUUACAUUAACCGGGAUUCACCGGAAAUGGUAACAGCAACUGCUCACAUUCCAACAACUGUUUAUUGGAUCAUAAGGAGCAUUUUGGCCUGUGCAUCAAUAUUCCUAAACCUCGUUGGCAGUGGUCAUGAGUACAUUACGUCUACUGCUGAGUCCUGGGAGAUAUUAACUCUAGCUAGUAAGCUCUCCCACAUGUCUGAGCACUUGCAAACGCAACUGAACAAGUUGAAGGAGUUGAUUGAGAAAAAGAAGAUAGAUGAAGCAUUUGCUGCACUGAAGAAACUCUUUGAGACAUCUCAUAUUGACAACAUGAAGAUAUUAAAGACAAUUAUCCAUGCCAGAGAUGAUCAAAUGCCAAUCUUUGAUGGGACUAGAAGGAUAACUGAUCGCCUCGAGGUAUUGAGGAUGAAGUAUGUCCUGCUACUAAUUUCGGACCUUGACCUUCCCCAAGAAGAGCUCAACAUUCUCCAUCUGAUUUACAACCAGCAGGUGAUGAGGCACGAGUACGAGGUUCUUUGGCUCCCCAUUGUUGACAAUGCAAUGUCAAUGAGCCCAACACAGGAGAGACAAUUUCUCGAUCUUCGCAGCUCUAUGCCGUGGUAUUCAGUGGAUCAUCCUUCAUUUGUUGAUCAAGUAGCCAUUAGGUACUUCCGGGAGAUUUGGAAUUUCGUCCACAUGCCUAUGCUCGUUGUCUUGGAUCCACAAGCAAGAGUGUCGAACACCAAUGCUUUACCUGUGAUGUGGAUUUGGGGUGGUCAUGCUUUCCCCUUCACCAAACAAAGGGAAUUGGAUUUAUGGAGCGAAAGUACCUGGAAUAUGGAUUUACUAACAGAUUCCAUUGAUCCACGUAUCCAGGAAUGGAUUAAGGACAAUAAAACUAUAUGCUUGUAUGGUGGAGAGGACAUUGACUGGAUUCGGAGAUUCACAACUACAGCACGAAGAAUUGCAACCACAUUGCACGUUCCCUUAGAAAUGAUUUAUGUAGGAAAGAGAACUUCAAAGGACAAAGAAAUCAUGGUAUUGCUAACCUACGAUGGUGGUGACCAAGGAUGGGCUGUUUUCAGCAGGGGCCUGUAUGACAUGACUAAAGGCAAACUUGAUACUUUGCUCACAGUUUUCGACAAAAUCAGUGAAUGGGAAAAUAGAGUGGAUCACCCUGAUAAGUUUGUACCUGAACUAGACAAGGAGAUUAGUGGCGUUCACCCUGAACACCACUGCAACCGCCUCAUUCUGCCGGGGCACACUGGAUACAUACCGGAAAGGGUGGUUUGCUCUGAAUGUGGACGUACCAUGGACAAGUAUGUCAUGUACCGCUGCUGCACCGACUAG